AUGGGGAAAACAAGCUUGGCACCUGGAUUUCGGUUUCAUCCGACUGAUGUAGAACUUGUGAGAUAUUACUUGAAGAGAAAAGUUUUGGGGAAAAAGUUCAAAACUAACCCCAUUGCUGAAGUCGACAUUUACAAGUUCGAGCCACCUGAUCUACCUGAUAAGUCAUGCCAAGCGACUGGAGAUCUGAAGUGGUUCUUCUUCUGUCCGAGAGAAAAGAAGUAUCCAAAGAGCGCAAAGGCAAAACGUUCGACUGAGUCCGGUUACUGGAAAACCACAGGAAAAGACAGAGAUGUUUCUUACAACAACCAAGUCGUCGGGAAAAUCAGAACUCUCAUCUUUUACUACGGUAAGACGCCUCGUGGGGAACGUACCGAUUGGGUCAUUCACGAAUACAAACUCGAAGACGAAGCGCUCGCGGAAAAGAAUGUUCCUCAGGAUGCUUAUGUGCUUUGUGUUCUCUUCAAGAAGAAUGGACUUGGACCUAGACAUGGAUCUGAAUACGGAGCUCCGUUUAAAGAAGAGGAUUGGAGUGAUGAUGAUGAUGAAGAAGAAGAUACUCAGAAUCUUGCAGCUGUUGAUCCUAGCAGAGAAACCAAUCUUGUUGCUACUGCCUCACAGUCGCAAGCUCCUAAGGAUUGUGUCGCUGGAGUGAUAUCAGAAUCUUGCGUCUCCGGUGUACCAGUGCUUCCACCUGUUGUAGCUUACACUCCUCCCAUGUCUUCUUCUUCUCCUCUUCUUGAGGUCCCUCAGGCACCACAGGAUGAUGAUGAUUUAUAUUCGAUGCUGGAUCUCUUUGCUGUUGAUAAUGACGACACUUUACUCUUCGAUGAAUUUAACAACCAAUACGAGGUGACACAUGAGCAAGGUGUUCCUGUAGUUGAGGAAGCUCCGGUUUGCUUAGGAGAUGAUGGUUUCAGAGGAAUACCGGAUAUGGGCCACGAUCUAUACAUAGAGCUUAAGGAUCUGAUUGGACCAUCCAGUCCUGCUCCUGCUCAAGCCGGUGGUAGCGGUGACUCGAGAAGCAACGGUCAGAUUUAG